UGCUGCGUGUGCUUGCUAGCUGCUAACAAAGAGAUCAACACAUCGUUAAGCAGCGCUCAAGUGAGUGUUGUGAUUGUUUGAAAAUGUGUAAAGUACAAAUGUUGAAAGCGUUGGUGAAUCAGCGACUAACGGCGGCAGUUGAAGAAAUAUUUCAAGUGUUUCAAAGAACGAUAGCAGAGUACGAGGAGGAACUUUCUCGAACAAAAGAGGAGAACGAGCGGCAGCGUCAAAUCCUGGACGCUAUUUUCAAGAAGCCUCGAGUUGUGUUAUACAGAGAAGAAGUCAGUGCAGAACAUCUUCCACCUGAUCAGGAGGAGCCACAGCCCCCCCACGUAAAAGAGGAAGAGAAUGAUCACAGCAUCAGUCAGGAGAAAGAGCAUCUUGAAGGACUGGAGGAGUUUCCAGGGAUUGGUGUCCCUGUGAAGACUGAAGAUGAUGAAGACAAAGGUGGAAGUGAGGAGAAGAGAGGGGGGGAGCCUCCAAGCAGCCGCUCGACUCAACACAUGACAACAGAAGCUGAUGGAGACCACUGUGGAGGAUCACAAGCAGACAAUGGAUUAGCUCCACUAUCAGAUAAUGACAACACGUCACUCUCUCCUGACACUGAUGAUGAAGGUGCUAAAGCUGAUAUGACAUGUCACACUGACAACACACACUUUAAAUGCUCUCACUGUGACAAAGUGUUUAAAUACCGUUGGAAUAUGAAAACACACAUGAGAAUACACACAGGAGAGAAACCAUUCAUGUGCUUAUUUUGUAAUGCAAGAUUUUCUCGGAAGGAUCAAUUGACAAUACACACAAGAAUACACACUGGUGAGAAACCUUUUACUUGUUCAGUGUGUAGUAAGGGUUUUGGAAAUAAUCAACAUUUGAAAACACACAUGAGAAUACACACUGAUGAGAAACCUUUUACUUGUUCAGUGUGUGGUCAGGGCUUUAGACAUAAUCAACAUUUGAAAGCACACAUGAGAAUGCACACUGGUGAGAAACCUUUUCCCUGUUCAGUGUGUGGGAUCGGUUUUAGACAAAAUGAACAUUUGAAAACACACAUGAGAAUACACACUGGUGAGAAACCUUUUCCCUGUUCAGUAUGUGGGAUCUGUUUUAGACAAAAGGAAUAUUUAAAAACACACAUGAGAACACACACUGGUGAGAAACCUUUGACUUGUUCAAUGUGUGGUAAGGGUUUUGGACAAAAGUGUGAGUUGAAAGCACACAUGACAAAACACACUGGUGAGAAACCUUUUACUUGUUCAUUGUGUGGUAAGGCUUUUCGACAUAAUCAAUCUUUGAAAACACACAUGAGAUCACACACUGGUGAGAAACCUUUUACUUGUUCAGUGUGUGGUAAGGCUUUUGGACAUAAUAAACACUUGAAAACACACAUGAGAAUACACACUGGUGAGAAACCUUUUGCCUGUUCAGUGUGUGGGAUCGGUUUUAGACGAAAUGAACAUUUGAAAACACACAUGAGAAUACACACUGGUGAGAAACCUUUUGCCUGUUCAGUGUGUGAAAUCGGUUUUCGAAAAAAUGGAAGUUUGAAAGCACACAUGAGAAUACACACUGGUGAGAAACCUUUGAUUUGUUCAGUUUGUGGUAAGGGUUUUGGACAUAAUCAAUGUUUGAAAACACACAUGAGAACACACACUGGUGAGAAAGUGGUGAGUUGCAGUGUGUGUGCUAAAGGAUUCUCUUAUAAGUACCAGCUUAACAAGCACAAGUGUGCUGGUGAGAACAGCAGCAGUAAAUGAAGUAGCAGGAUGUGAAAAAAGCUGUCAAGACUUGGGUAAUUUUGACUUUCUAGAAGAAACCUUUUACAUGUUCAGGGUCUGAUUUUGGUUUUGCACAAAAUCGAUAUUUGAAAAUACACAAUGGAGAAAACCAUUUUACCUUUAUCUGUUCUGUGUGUGGUUAUGGUUUUGCACAAAAUCAACAAACGACCCCCACAUGUUUAUAUGUAACGGCCCCUGUCGGCCCUUUGCCUCACUGAAUCUUGAGUGCCCGUAUGUUUGACCAUACCCACGCCCAAUAAUACGGUGCACCUUAUAUGUGUGUUAAAUACAGAAAUAGCACCCAUAACUGAGACUGUGCCUUUUAAUACGGUGCACCUUGUGAUCGCGAAAAUAUGGUAUUUCAACUUUCUUUUUAUGUAAUCUUUGUGAGUUUUCUUUUAAUAUUAUGACUUUAUUCCCAUAAUAUAACUGUCCCCCUCAUAUCAUUUCCGAAAAAAUGACUAUUUUGUUUUGUUUCUCAUCUUACAGCUUUAAAAAAUAUUUUCUUUCUUUAAUAUUUAAACUCUAUGCUCCUAAAAUGACAAUAGCAGAAGGGAUACGUAUGACCAAAUACAAAUUAACGGAGUGAAUUUUGAAAAAGUGGAAGAAUAUAAAUUCCUUGGGGUUGUAAUAGAUGAAAAAAUGAGUUGGAAAUCUCAUAUUAAAUAUAUACAACAAAAGGUGGCAAGAAAUAUCUCUAUAUUGAAUGAAGCAAAAUAUGUUCUUGACCAAAAAUCACUCUACACGCUGUACUGUUCCUUAGUAUUAGCAUAUUUAAUGUAUUGUGUGGAGAUAUGGGGAAAUAAUUACAAAAGCAAUCUUCACUCACUCACUGUACUGCAAAAAAGAUCUGUGAGGAUAAUUCAUAAUGCCAAGCAUAGCGAACAUACAAACCCUCUAUUUUUAAAAUUGCAGAUAUUAAAAUUCGCAGAUUUAGUAACCUUACAAACCGCCAGAAUAAUGUAUAAAGUUAAUAACAACUCGUAACCCAAAAAUCUCAAACAGUAUUUCUCAAUCAGAGAGGAGAAAUAUGAUCUUAGAGGAAAAUUAAACUUUAAACAUUUAUACGCGAGAACAACGCUGACAACCCACAGCAUUUCCGUGUGUGGAAUUAAACUAUGGAACGGAUUGAGUAAGGAACUCAAACAAUGUACAGAGAUGAGCAAAUUCAAAAAACAAGACAAGCAGUUGAUGUUUGCUAAAUACAAGGCAGAAGAGUCCUGAUCAUCACAAUGAUGUUCUGUCAGGUUUUUUUAUUUUUAUUUUUUUGUUUAUAUAAAAAAGUUCUGUUCUUUAUUCAUAUUUAUUUUAAACAUUUAUUUAUUAUUAUUAUUAAUGUGUAUAUAUUUUUU